AUAUUUUGGGAAGAGAAUUAGAUUAUGUGCGUGUGCUACAAUCGAUCUUAUUUAUGUCAUUUGACUUUACAAACGCACAAACGCGUCCACAAUAUGCCAACAGGUGGAUUACCGGAAGAAACUCUAAAGAAAGUGCAAUAUCGGGGAAAGAAGAGUGUCUGGUUUUUACAUCACUGCAACGUGCAUAUUUUGCUUUUUCAUGGGAGUCGUACCCAGCGACCGCUGGUCGAGUUGAGAAGAGUUUUGAAGAAAUGAGUAAUCAUCACGUAGAACAAGAAUCACAACGAGGCCGACACUUAUCUAAUAUGCUUAAGUGGUCUGUUGUGGACCAUUCUCUGUUUAAUGGAUUCAAGUUUGUUGUCAGCUUACUAAGACCAGCUAUUAAUAUAUCAUUGUUGGAACCUAUCCUUAUGGAGAGCCAGAAUAAACCAAAUCAUCACGUAGUCACGAUUUUACGCAAUUUGAUUACUAAAGAAAUUGUAGAUGAUAUAAGCUCUGGCUUUAAAAGAUGGCUAGAAAGAUUACGGGAAUUAUUUUUUUACUCACCUACACCCUGCCGAGGUUCAGGAAGUAAACCAUCAGAAAACUAUAUAAAAUCACAAAUGUGGGCCAAAAUCUUUUCAGAUAUAUUUCUCAUUGAUUCAGAUGAUAUUGAUGUGAAUUGGGAAUAUCAUCACCAAAUCCUGGGUAACGGUGGAAGCGGAUCUGCUAGAUCUGAUUUUGCUGCUGUUGUUUUCAAUGACAUCGAUCAACAGUUUCCCUUUUUUAUAGCUGAAUUUGAGACUGACGGAUUUUUAGUACAUAAGGAUGAAAUGGUCGUAGCGGCAGAAGCUGCAUUCAAAUAUAAUCGUAUUCUUACAGCUGCCUACUAUUUAUCGGAAGACGAAGUAAAUUCAUCUCACCUGCAUAUUGGCCUUAUAAAUAGAACAACCAUUCAUCUGGGUUUGAUCUAUGAUGAAGAAAAAAAAUCUUUGAUUUAUGCCUACGAAAUAAACAAUGCCACUUUCAAACUCUACACUGGUAAUCAAGAGGCCGAUAUUGCAAGUGCACUGAAGUUAGUGGUAUACUUGAGAACAAAUGUAUAUCAGGAUGGAAUAUCACUUAAAGCAUUACUUAACAAGAAAAAAUAUAUGCGCAAUGGAACUUUAUUAGCAGCUUUGCCCCGUCUUCCGAAGAGAGCCGUCAAGUCACGUCCAAAAAGUGAUACAGAAUUCACUCCUCAGGCGAGAAGAAUUAUAUAUAUCGAUGUUGGUAACAGUCUUAUUCAAUAG